GUACAGACCGUCGUCCUCAAAGUUGAUAUGUCAUGCCAAGGAUGUGUUGGUGCAGUGAAGAGAGUUCUUGGAAAAUUGGAUGGUGUGGAAUCAUAUGACAUUGAUUUGAACGAAAAGAAGGUGGUAGUGAAGGGAAAUGUCCAGCCAGACACAGUUCUGGAGACCGUGUCCAAAACAGGGAAGAAGACAACCUUCUGGGAAGGUGAAGCACCAGCAUCUGAAACUAGCACAGUAACUGCUUCCUAGAACACUUGGCUCUAUUAUGUGAGGACGAAGUAGCUAUGUGAAUAAAAUACCAUUUGGUGGACUCGAAAUAACGAUGAACUCGUCAUCGUGUCACAGCAGACUGCUGUAUAUUACUGUUUUUCUCAUCUGUGAUACUGUAUUAGUGUGGUUUUAACUUCCUUCGUCUUCGUUCCCACUCAUUUUCUUCUUUCUGUCAAUCAAUACAAACUGCAAAUAUUUCCAAAGU